AUGGAUUCCGAAUACAGUUACGACGAAGGGUCUGAAACAUGGCCAUACUUCGUGUUGGCUUUGCUUGUGUUCGCCUUGUUGCCCAUUACCGUUAUAUAUUUGUGGGGUGCCGCAGGCAUGGGGACCCCAGCCAAGAAGCGUAUAAAGGGCAGCAUUGAACAUAACCAUAGGACUUUGAACUUGGAGCAUGCAGAUGCAAUUGAUAGGUUUUACUCAAAGGCCAAAUCAGACAGAAUUUUCAACAAGAAGCUCUUGUUUCUCGUUUUGGGCUGGGGUCUAGUUGCAUUCAUCUGGACUAGUUUUGCCAAGGAGGUAAGCUUGCAGGGGUUCUUUGAUCCCCAUACGAUUUUGGAUUUGCCAUACUCGGCAAAUGAGAAGGAGAUAAAGUCCAAAUACAAGAAAUUGUCCUUGAUCUAUCAUCCCGAUAAGCUUGUGAAGUACUCUGAAACAAUGAGAAAGGAAAUGGAAGCCCAGUUCCUUCGUGUGAACCAGGCGUACAGAGCAUUGACUGAUGAGGUAACCAUGGAGAACAUUAAGAAAUAUGGUCACCCUGACGGUCAACAGCAAAUCACCCACGGCAUCGCCAUUCCGAAGUUUUUGGUGGAGGGCAAGUACUCACCAAUCAUGGUUAUCUUCUACUUCCUUUUAAUUGGUGUUUUGAUGCCUGUGGUUGUCGGCUCUUGGUGGAACAACGUCAAGAGUCAUACCAAGGGUGGCUUGCAUGUUGACACAGCUGCAACAUUUGUCCGUAAGUUGGCUGACAAGAACCCCGGAAAGGUGUUUACACCAUUUGACAUUUUAGAUUGGGUACUCCAAUCUCAUGAGAUCAACUCUGGAUAUGCUAAUUUAUCCCACGAACAGCUUAAGUCUAUUAUUGUGAAACACAUGAAUCGUGAAUCUCGCGUUUCCGAUGACCUUCUUCUAGAAGCUGAAAAGUUGAAUCUUAUCUCUCAACUACCACUGCUUAUCGAAGGUUUCAUUGAGAUUGCCACCAAUUUCAGAGCUCACGAUGUGAUAAGUGCAGCCUACGAUUUGCUCAAGGGUAUUUAUCAGGCAUCUUCUCCUGUUGGCAAGCAUAGAGAAUUGUUGCAACUUCCUUUUGUCGAUAAGACCUCUGUUGAAUCACAGGAUGUGAAAAAAAUCGGUAAAUUGCUCACUUUACCGAAGGAAGAAGUUGGUAAGGUAUUGGGAAUUACUGACACUGACAAGCUCGAAGUUGCCCUAGAUGUUGCUGCACAUAUUCCUUUUAUUAGAGUUCUUGAUGCUACAUUCCGUGUCCCAGGAGAAGAUAUCGUGACCCCAAACUCCACAACACAUGUCGUCAUUAAUUUCCUCAUCAAAUCCCAGAGACUUAAAUCCUGUCCAGAAAUCAACGAAGAGCGUUUUCUUGAGGUUGAAGACAUCGAAGAUUUGAAGAACCCUUUGAGAUCGAAUGAGACUCAACCAGAACUACCAUAUGCAUACGCCCCAUACUACCCACGUCAAGUCGCAAACUUUUGGGAUGGCUACAUCGUUGGUCAAAGGGACAAUAAAUUUGUGGAGGGAACUGCAGCUGCAAAAUUAGAGAGAGUUGACUUAAGCAACUUAGAACUCACACAGGAGGAAUGGAUAGAAGGUAAGGAGGAUGUUGUUGUGCUCAGCUCUUUCAAAAUAAAAUUAGCCGUACCUGCUCCUCCCUCUAAAGGCACUUUUCACUUCAGGCUUCUUUUGAAAAAUAACGCAUACUUCGGUAAUGACGUUGAUAUUCCAUUAGAGAUGAAGGUUCUGGAUCCCCCUAUCAAUGUGGAAGCCGUCAAGAAAGCUGCCAAAGCCUUUGGUGGUGGUGGUGAUGACGAUGACGAUGAAGAGGAAGAUUCAGACAGCGAUAUCUCUGACCCAGAAGAGGACUCCCUUGCUGGGGCUUUAGCAGCGCUCAGAGGUGAAGCUGUCAAGAAGACAUCUGCCGAAGAAGAAGAGGAAGAGGAUGACAACGAAAGUGUUUUCAGUGAUAUUAACACCGACACUGAGGACGAGGCCGAGAAGUAG